CAAUGUGCAGCACACGCACGCAGGAUGGACACGCACCAAGACAACCCCUGCAUUGCCCGAAAAAAUGCCAAAGCACCUAAAGCAAAGAAAGAAGAUGGAAAUAAAGCAUUUAAGGAAGGAAAUUACAAACUAGCAUAUGAACUGUACACAGAAGCCCUGGGGAUAGACCCCAACAAUAUAAAAACAAAUGCUAAACUCUACUGUAAUCAGGGUACUGCUAAUUCCAAGCUUAGGAAACCAGACGAUGCAAUAGAAGACUUCACAAAUGCAGUGAAGCUUGAUAACACUUACAUAAAAGCCUACUUAAGAAGAGCUCAGUGUUACAUGGACACAGAACAGUAUGAAGAAGCAGUACACGACUAUGAAAAAAUGUAUCACAAGGAAAAAACAAAAGAACACAAACAGCUCCUAAAAAAUGCACAGCUGGAACUGAAGAAGAGUUGGAGGAAAGAUUCCUACAGGAUUCUGGGAGUGGACAAGAAUGCCUUUGAGGACGAGAUCAAGAAAGCUUAUCAGAAAUGGGCCUUCAUGUACCAUCCAGAUCAGCAUAGUGGAGCCAGUGCUGAGGAGAAGAAGGAGGAGGAGAAGAAGUUCAAGGAAGUUGGAGAAGCCUUUACCAUCCUCUCUGAUCCCAAGAAAAAAACUCGCUAUGACAGUGGACAGGACCUGGAUGAGGAGGGCAUGAAUAUGGGUUAUUUUGAUGCAAAUGAUAUCUUCAAGGCAUUCUUUGGCGGUCCUGCGGGCUUCAGGUUUGAAGCAUCUAGUCCAGGGAAUUUCUUUUUUCAGUUUGGCUAAUGAGGGGCAACCACCCAGAACCCAGAAAAUGCAGAUUUGCUCAGUUUAAUCUUGAAUGGGGAAACAGUUCAUCUCCUCCCUUCAUCGUGUCUCUGUGUACUUAAAGCAGUUUUGUUUUCCCAGUUGGAUGCCCUGUGUCUCUGUGAGUGGGUGAAGCAAAGGGAACCAAUGCCGAAGACUGCUGGCAGGGGAGGGAGGCGGGGAGUGGACAGGGAGGCAGAUUGUGAAUUUUUGUUUUACUGUUUAACUUUAUUAAACAAGAAAAAA